GUGACAUUUCAUUGUUGAGUUAUUCACUUCAUAAAGACUUAACUUGAUGGCAUUUCAGUAUUGUCCCGUUGAAAUCCUUUUUAUUAACCAUAUCUAACAAUAGCGUCUAUUCUGCUGAGCAUUCCAUUGCAACAUGAGCAGAUGUACAUGCUUUCACCAAAACAUCUGCCACGAAUCACAUAUGGACAUAUUUUUAACCUACAUAGCAUUCAUUAACCAUACCCAUGUUUUUUCUUAAGUAGACAGAAACAUUUUGUAUACAACAUGUGUACCAGUAAAGCACCAGUCAUUCUUGUGAUUAUUUGAAAAUAUAUCUACAUUGUAUAUUUUCCAUGCAUGAUAGCAGAGUUCUCAUCAUAUACAAGACAAGAAAUUGAACCAUAACAAGUUAUACUCUCAUAUUUCUCAGUUUUUAAGAAUUCCUGAAGAAUAAAUAUGGAGGAUGUUAAUCACUUGGACACUUCAAACACACCUAUAUUUAACAUUAUAGAUACAUUUACACAAACAUACAGUGAUGAGAAACCUUUAUGCAGUGAAACAUUUACUAAAGAAAGAAUAUUACACGAAAAUAUUCCUGAAUAUCACUGUAGCAUUUGUAGGAAAACAUUCUCAUCAAAACAUGAAGUCUCCUUGCAUAAAAAAAUACAUAAUAGGGAAAAACUCUUCCACUGUGAAAUUUGUGGCAAAUAUUUUGUAUCCAAGAGUGUCUUAACCAAGCAUAAAAAAAUACACACUGGAGAAAAACCAUUUCACUGUGAAAUAUGUGGGAAAUCCUUUAUUACUAGUAGUCACUUAAAAAGACAUGAACAAAUACACACUGGAGAAAAACCAUAUCAUUGUGAAGUAUGUGGGAAGGCUUUCAUUGAUAAUUCGCAGCUCACAAUCCACAAACGUAACCAUACAGGAGAAAAACCCUAUCCUUGUGAAAUAUGUAAAAAAUCUUUUAUUUCUAACAGUAUGUUAACAACACACAAACGAAUACACACUGGAGAAAAUCUGUUUCACUGUGAAAUAUGUGGAAAAUCAUUUAUCUCUAAUUCUAAGCUUACAAUUCACAUUCGUAGUCACACUGGAGAAAAACCAUAUCACUGUGAAAUAUGUGGAAAAUCUUUUGUCAAUAAUAGCUAUUUAACAAGUCACAAAAGAAUACACUCUGAAGAAAAACCCUUCCGGUGUGAGACAUGCGGAAAAUCUUUUAUUAAGAAUUCUCAACUUGUUAUUCACAUACGUAGCCACACUGGAGAAAAACCUUUCCACUGUGAAAUAUGUGGGAAGUCUUUUGUCUAUUACAGUGUCUUAACAAAACACAAAAGAAUACACACUGGAGAAAAGCCAUUUCACUGUGAAAUAUGUGGAAAAUCUUUUAUUAAUAAUUCAAAUCUUGGUAUUCACAUACGUAGUCACACUGGAGAAAAACCCUUCCAUUGUGAAAUGUGUGGGAAAUCAUUUAUGAUAAACAGUAAUUUAACAACACACAAACGAAUACACACUGGAGAAAAACCAUUUCAUUGUGAAAUAUGUGGGAAAUCUUUUGUCUCUACUGGUGAUUUAACAAAACACAGAAGAAUCCACACUGGAGAAAAACCCUUCCCCUGUGAAAUAUGUGGAAAAUCUUUCAUCAAUAAUUGGAAUCUUGUUCUCCACAUACGAAGUCACACUGGAGAAAAACCCUAUCAUUGUGAAAUAUGUGGAAAAUCAUUCUCUUUUAAUUCUAGUCUAGUAGUUCACAAACGUAGUCACACUGGAGAGAAACCAUUUCAUUGUGAGAUAUGUGGCAAAUCGUUCAUUAAUAAUUCAAGUCUUGUUGUUCACAAACGUACUCACACAGGAGAAAAGCCAUAUCAUUGUGGAAUAUGCAAGAAAUCAUUUAUCACUAAUCGUCAUUUAAAAAGACAUGAACAAAUACACACCGAGGGGAAUCCUAUUAAUUGAAAUGUGGAAUCCUUUUAUGAAAGUAAACUUAUAUAGUCCACCAACAAGUACACAUUUGAGAACAUUUAUCAUGGUGAAAUACAUCAGAAAUCAUUCUCUUUGAAUUUUCAUCUUGCUUUAUAUUUAUAUGGGAAAUAUUUUUUUGUGAAUUGUAAUCAUGUGGACUAGAAACUACAUGUGGAGAAUUAUUCAGUGUGAAGUAAGGUUACACUUGUAAUCCACAGUAGAAUACUGAUUUUAGAGAAAAUUAUCUUUGUGAUACAUGUUGGCAUUUAUUUUCUGCGGUCUGUUCAUUGUUAUUUAUUUUAAAUUACAGGAUUGUGAUAUCAUUAUUAUGCCAAUAUCUUAUUUUUACCUGCUGAUUAAAAUUACCUUAGGUAGUUACUAGUUCAAUGUUAAAGUUUAGCUACUCAAUUUCUUUUUCAAAUUUCAUGAUUAUACAAAAUAAUGAAAUGAAUACUAAUUUACAGAAUAAAUUGUUUAUUAAAUUAAA